AACCUUAAACUGUCGACUUUUAAAACUUAAAGCACUUUCGGUAUCUUGAUCAUGCACAAUCAACAUCGAUCUCGCAUGAUAUCGAGUCCGCGGACGUAUAGUGUGGUGCAUCUGGUGGCGAUUGACCAGCUGCAAGCUUGGACCGUCGUCUGACGCGUUCUCUACCAACACCAACGUCAAAAUAGAAAACGUGCCCCUGGAUAUCGAACGCCACCAGAUGGUUGACCCACUGAUGCCAAAUCCGUGCAUCUACGAUUUGUAGUUUACAUUCUCAUGCUACUUCCCAUCCGAUACUCUCAACUCCGUCAUUAUUCCUCUGAGGCGAACAUCAAGAAGAUCAAAUAGCCGAGGUCGCUUUCUCAACUUGGUGUAUAUGGUCUUCUUCCGCGGCGUUCGUUUAGCACUAUUGCUGACGGCGCUGCUGGUUCUUUCGCAACGGUGUCUAGCAGAGACAGUGGAUCUCUGCGAUCAAUACUCGUCGUACAACUCAACAACGGUGCCCUUUUUCUUCAACAACAAUGCCUGGGGAAACGACAGCUCUGGCUAUCAGUGUCUUGACGUAAACGAUGGGGGUACUUCUUUCACCGUCACGUACAAGUGGACCGGAACGCCGACAUUGGUCAAAUCAUAUCCGUAUAUGAAGCCAUUUCCUUCACGUCUACCAGUCCAACUGUGGAAUGUAUCACAACUCAACUUCGCCGCGGACUGGUCGAUAACCGUCAAUUCGGCUGGUGACACUUCCGAACCCGCACAAGCCGCUGCAUACGAUGCAGCUGGGCUGCGCGCAAAUGUGGCUGUCGACAUGUUCCUUUCAGACAAUGCUUUGAACUCAACCGGAUUUCGUCCCCCCUUGGAGAUCAUGAUCUGGACUUGGUGGAUCCCCGUCAUGAAACCGCUUGGAUGGGACGAAUCUACGCCAGACAUCGAUAGAGUGGUUAUCGACGGUGUGGCCUUUUCUCUGUACCAUGGUUACAACGACCGAAAUCAGCAUGUCUUUUCAUGGCUUUCGGAGCGAAACUUGACGAGCACGAAUGCGGACUACUCGCCUCUGCUGAAGUACAUCUGGCAAAAGGGGCUGCUGUCCGGUGCUCUGUAUUUGGGACAGCUGGAGUUUGGGACCGAGAUCGCGUACGCGUCUGAGGAGACGGUUUUCGAGGCGAAAAACUACACGCUCCAGCUCGUGAGACAGGGAGAUCCCGAAGAUAGGGCAGCGAGCAGUUCAGCGGCAGCGGCGGCUGCCACCUCGACAACAACGUCGAGCUCGUUAAGAGAGACGACACCAACUAGCACUUCGGCGAAGCCCGCAUCGUCGUCAAGUGUUGCUCAGCAUUUGUGCGAACGCCAUCUUCUCUGGCUGUUUGUUUGGAUUAAUAGCAUGCCGAUCUGUUUGCAUUCUUUGACCUAAUAUAAUUCCUGGACGGCUAGUCGUUGAUGGCACCCUGUCGAUUCGCUAAUACAAAGUACUUGAUUCAAUACCG